AAACGUGAACGUUGCAACCAAACUCAACGAACUCACGAGUAGUAUAUUAUCUUACGAUGAAUUAUGUUGCGUUAACAACCGUUGUGUGCGAAUAUUAUUACCAAAUCUGAACUUUUUGAAUCUGAUGAAAAAAAAAAAUCAAAAGCCAAUCCAUACGAAUAAUGGACUCCGAGAGGAUAUAUGAAUGGUCCGAUGUUGACAGUAACUUUGUUUACUCUUCUUCAGACGACUUAAAAAGUGCGUCGACGGAAUUUAAUCUGGCUGCUCACGCACAUAAAAUUUACAAAAAAGCUCAGGAAGUGUACCAAAAAACGGAAACGCUGAAUUUAUCGGCUGGUGCCGAUGACAAAAACGAUUCUUUUGACAUCCAGUCUACGCCGUGUUAUUCGGAAUUGUCUUUUGAACAUUUGGUUAAACUUCCGGCAAACAUUCCGGAACGCGAACGUAGAGUGUACGUUGUCAUUUUACUGUCAAUCACAUUCUUCUCACAGAUGUUUUCACGCGACUUUUGUAUAACAUUUUUUGAACCGACUUCAAUUGAUCUAUCACAACGGUUGCAGACUCCAUUAUCGCUGUUCCCUAUUUGUAAUAUAGUCGUGGGAGUAUUUUUAACGGUUCCAGCUUGCAUGUUCAUCAACAAGUAUGGCAUCCGGACCUGUCUGUUGUAUUCUUGUGCGUUGUCGUCAUUGGGAGUGGGCGUACGGUGUCUGUCAAUAAUCGGCGAUUCGGCUUUUAUAUUGCACGUGUCUGCCUUGUUUCUGUCGAGUGCUUCGAUCGUCGUGAAACCUUUGACGGUCACCGUGUCCACUUGUUGUUUCCUGACCGGCGAAAGAAACAUGGCAACAGGAUUUCUGACUUGUGCUUCGAUGGCCGGCGCAGCAGCCGGUCUCCUAGUGAAGUCGAUCUUGCGACAAGAACAGCCACAUUCUCAGCCCGCAGUAAUCAGUAACGAAAUUCACAUCAAUGAGGUCAUCAUCUUAUACCUAUGCUUUUUUGCAAACCUUGUAUGCGUGCUACUCACGUAUUAUAUGUUUCCGCACGAACCCAAUAAGAGGAAGUAUUGCGAUCAAUCGUCGGACACGAAGCAAAAAUACGAUAUGCAUUCCGUAUCGUUUCUGCUGCAGACAGUUCUUAAAUCGAUACAAAACUCUGAUCUGGUCUACAUCGCCCUUUCGUACGCCUGUUCCAAUGCGGUCUCUUGGCCUUGGUAUCAAAUGAUCGACAUCACGUAUUUGAAAGUUGGCUUUUCUCAGAGUGUCGGUAAGGACUGCCGAUUGUGGUUAAUCAUUCACACGUGCGCACUCACGCUGUCGGUUUGCUGGUUGGCCGAUCGGCUAGUCGGAUCCAACAAACGUUUUGUUAUUUUGUGCCACUGUCUUUCAGCGGUCUUUAUGGUACAAGUCGUGUUGGCGUUGUGCGUCAAAAGUUUUCGCAGGACAACGAAGUCCCUGGUGUUUAGCAUCAUGUUUGCGUUCCCGUUGUCGUGGACCACGCAGAGUUUACUAUAUGAACUUGCCGCGGACUAUGCACAUCCGCUGCCCGAAAACAUGGCCGUUGGUCUUAUCUGCCUGUUGGAAACGUUGUGUGAAAAUUGUAUGUACUUUCUACUGUACGCUUUUCCUAAACUCCAUUUGAACUGGUUGCAUGUCAUCACUUUUAUAGCUGGGUUAUUGAGUAUUAUAUUUAUCAUGUUAUUAGGGAAGAGAAAAGUCUUCAGAUAUUAUAAUUAAAACAUACGCCUGUAAUCUUAGUACUUACUACUUAAUUAUACGUAUUCAAUUGUUGUAUUAU